GUGCCCGAAGAGACCCCGCCCCUAACGUCACGGCCGAAGGGCGGAGCCGGCCCCGGCGGAAGCGAGCUGCUGCUGAAGAGGCCCGAACAGAGCAGCGGGCGCUCGGGGACUGCUGGUGACAGACAGCAUGGGCAGCAGCUCGCUGUCCGAGGACUACCGUCUGUGCCUGGAGCGCGAACUUAGGCACGGCCGCGCGGGCGUGUGCGGGGACCCAUCGCUGCGCGCCGUGCUCUGGCACAUCCUGGUGGAAGACUUCGACCUGCAUGGGGCGCUGCAGGAUGACGCGCUGGCACUACUCACCGAUGGCCUGUGGGGCCGCGCCGACCUGGCCCCUGCGUUGCGUGGCCUGGCCCGCGCCUUCGAGCUGCUGGAGUUGGCCGCCGUGCACCUGUAUCUGUUGCCUUGGAGGAAAGAGUUCACCACCAUCAAGACUUUCUCAGGGGGCUACGUGCACGUGCUGAAGGGCGCACUCUCGGAGGACCUCCUCAUCCAGAGCUUCCAGAAGAUGGGCUAUGUGCGCAGGGACGACCACCGCCUCAUGGUGGCCGCCCCGCCCCCCGCCCGCCAGCUUGUGCAGGUGGCCCUGGGCUGCUUUGCCCUGCGGCUGGAGUGUGAGAUCCUGGGCGAGGUGCUGGCGCAGCUGGGCACCAGCAUGCUGCCGGCCGAGGAGCUGCUGCAGGCGCGGCGGGCCAGCGCGGACGUGGCCUCCUGCGUGGCCUGGCUGCAGCAGCGACUAGCCCGUGAAGAGGAGCCGCCACCUGUGCCCCCCCGUGGCUCCCCGGCCCGGUUGGACCUGUACCGGGACCUGCAGGAGGAUGAAGGCUCAGACGAGACCAGCCUAUACGGGGGACCCUCGCCAGGCCCCGACUCACCGCCCACGGAGCUAGCCUGCCAGCCUCUCUUCUGGGAGCAGAGCGCCAGACUGUGGGGCGUGGGGGGCGGGGCCUGGGAGGCUGAGGCCAGCAGCCCGGCCUCGGAGGAGGAGCCUGAGGCCGAGGUCUUCUCCUUCCUCUCACUGCGCCAAGAGCUGCUCAGUCGGCCCGGAGACCUGGCCGCCUCCCAAGCCCCUGGAACCCCUGAGCAGGCCAGCCCCCGCCGAGUCCCCGAGCCCCCUGGCUACCAGACACACAGCUGCCUGGGACCUGGCGCCCUCCCCGCCCUCUGCUGUGACACGUGUCGCCAGCUGCACACUGCCCACUGUGCCGCCCUGGCCACCUGCCGCCCGGGCCACCCGCUGCGCGCCCUGCACGGAAACCACCAGCGGCGCCUGUGGCUUCAGCGAGCCCAGGUGGACGCCUUGCUCUACGAUGCCCCUAGGCCCGCCUGGCCCUAGGCCCAGGGCUUUCUGGAGACAUGUUCCGCGGUGCUUUUCUGGGCCUCAUCCCUCCUCAGGCCCGGGCCACUGGCCACCCUGCCCCUCCUGCCCCCCAGGGGUGCUGAGCACAGCGGCGGGUCAGGGGUCAUGGCGUCUCAGCCCCGCUACAUGAGAGGUGGGGGCCCAGUCUUCCUGGGAAAGCUGCUGGCCCGCCCCCAGGGAGCACCCUCCCCCUCCUCUCCCAACCCUCCCCGGCCCCACCACGGGCCCCAGCGCCACAGCUCCUGACCUGCUCCCUGCAAGUGCCCAAGGGGGUGCUCCACAGAGGAGUGUCCUUGGGGGCUCAGGUGACCUCAUGAGCCCCUGAGCUUUGCUAAGACCAUUCUAGGGGCUCUGCCAGGUGCAUGGCUGACCUGGCUAAGAGGACCUGGCCCCCCAUGGGUGUCACAGACCUGCACUGAAUGAGCUGAGUGCCGGCCUGAGACCAGCCCCAUGGGCUCCAGUCAGAGCUGGGUGGGGAAGCUGGACCGAAGGACAGAAGAGAAAGGAUCUAGUCUCCACCCAGAGUGAGUGCCCGCGAGUUCCAGAGAACAGCAGGUGGGAGAUGGGGAGCCACAGAGCCCGAGAGGCUGUCACCCCACUUCCGGGUGGAGCACGGGGGCUUCUGAGCAAUCAGUACCCCAGCAGCUUCCCUGCUACAUCUUCCUGCUGUCCGGCUCCGGAAGGCAGGAUGGGAGAUCUCCAAGGCUCCCACCCCAGAGCCCACCUGGGUCCAGUGGUAAAGAUGCACCAGCUGCCAGCCGCCAGCCUGCUCACAGGGCUGGAGGGGGUGGGUCUGCCCACCUGGGCCUGGGGAGGGGCCAGUCUUGUGUGUGGCCCCUCCUCCCCACACCUGUCUGUCACACGAAUCACAACCUCAAAGUACAUUAAAGGACGCUGGAUCCA